UACUUUGUACCGACGUCAGCAAAUUUACUGAAAAGAUACCAAGCCUCAUACAGCGUGAAGUUGUUCCAUGCGUCGCAUUUGUCGACCAGCACCGAGGGCCGACCGUCGUGCGCGGGGACUUCAGCACCAUGGACGACGACUGGGAUGCUGAGGUUUCCAAUGGUCCUGUCCAGCAGGCUCCCCAGUAUCAGCCGCCAGCAGGUCCCCAGGUCUGGGUGGGCCGGGGCCGAGGUCAGGCCUGGGCACCUAAAGAGGCAGCUCCGGCAUGGGGAGCACAGAACUCGGGACAAAGCUGGGGCGAUCAGAACUCCAACCAGAGCUGGGGAGCUCCGAAUGGCGCCCAGGAGGCCGGCGGAUGGCGCGGCCGGGGCGGUGGCAGAGGCGGCCGCAGUGACGCGCCCAACUGGCGCGGCGGAGGUGGCGGCGGCGACGGGGGCGGCCGGCCGCCGCCGCAGCCGACUGGUCUCCACAUGAUGGUGAACUCCUCGGAUGUGAGCCGCAUCAUCGGACGGGCUGGCUCCAACAUCCGCGAACUGGAAAACAACUCCGGAGCCAAGAUCAGGGUCAUAAGGGACGCCGGCGGCCCUCACGAGGCGCGUGUCGACUUCAGCGGCGACCCCGAGUGCCAGGAGCGUGCCAAGCUUCUCGUCGAGCAGUUUCUCAUCGACUUCGACGCGAACCCGCGCCCGGCCGGUCGCCGGCCUGGCCGCAGUCCGUCGCCGGUACCUCGCAAACCGUACUCUGGUGACACUUUGCUGCUGGGCGGCCCAGCGGCGCCGCCGGCUCCCACAUUCAGCCUGAAGCUGGCCCUGGAGAUGCAGGCCGAGGGCGACAAAGAACGCUGGAGCAAGCUGCCGCCGCUGCUCAAGGAUUUCUACGAGGAGGAUCCGACGGUGGCCACCAUGCCGGAGGACGAGGUGGCUCAGCUGCGCGCUGAGAUGAACGAUGUUCACGUGAGCUGCGACGAGGGUGCUAAGAACGUGCGUUUCCUGAACCCGGUGAGCACGUUCGACCAGGCGUUUGCACCGUACCCGGAGAUUCUGGACGAACUGAAGCGGGUGGGUUUCGAGAAGCCGACGCCGAUCCAGUCGCAGGGCUGGCCGGUGCUGCUCUCCGGCCAGGAUCUGAUCGGCAUCGCUCAGACGGGCUCCGGCAAGACGCUGGCCUUCCUGCUGCCGGCGCUGAUCCACACGGACAGGCAGCCGGUGCCCCGCGAGGACCGCGGCGGGCCCAACGUGCUCGUCCUGGCGCCCACCCGCGAGCUGGCGCUCCAAACCGAGCGGGAGGUGCAGCGGUACAACUACAAGGGUAUCCGCAGCGUGUGCGUGUACGGCGGCGGCGACCGGCGACAACAGGUCAAGGCCGUCUGCAAGGGAGUCGAGAUCAUCAUCGCCACACCGGGACGUCUGAACGACCUGGUGCAGGCUGGUUUCAUCGACGUCAGCUCGGUGACGUACCUGGUUCUGGACGAGGCCGACCGCAUGCUCGACAUGGGCUUCGAGCCGGAGAUCCGGAAGGUGCUGCUGGACAUUCGGCCCGACCGACAGACCGUCAUGACCAGCGCCACGUGGCCGAUCGACGUGCGCCGAAUCGCCGACAAAUACAUGUCGUCGCCAAUCCAUGUGGUGGUGGGCACACUGGACCUGAGAGCGUGUCGCACCGUCGAGCAGGUCGUGCUCUUCUGCAGAGACGAGGAGGAAAAGAAAGAGCGGCUGGACGAGUACCUGUACAAUAUGGGCCCCGAGGAGAAGAUCAUCGUGUUCUUCGGACGGAAGGCCAAGGCCAGUCAGCUGUCCAUCGACUACGGUGUGAAUGGUAUCGACCUACAGUCGAUUCACGGCGACCGGCCGCAAGAGGAGCGCGAAAUCGCCAUCGAAGACAUGCAGACCGGAUCGUGCCGCGUGCUGUUCGCCACAGACGUGGCCUCGCGCGGCAUCGACAUCCCGGAUGUCACACUCAUCAUCAACUUCGACUUCCCCCGUGAGAUCGAGGACUACGUACAUCGCGUGGGCCGGACGGGCCGCGCCGGCAAGUCGGGACGCGCCGUCACCCUGAUGGUGCGCGAGGACUGGAGGCACGCUGCCGAGCUCAUCGACAUCCUGCAGAAAAACCAGGCGGAGGUACCCGAGUGGCUGCAGGGCAUGGCCGACCGGUUCGGUCGAAUGAAGGAGCGCCGAGAGGCCGAGGGCGGCGGCGACCGGCGCGGACGCGGCGGGUUCGGCGGCCGCUCCGGUGGAGGCCGGUCGGGCGGCAGGGACCGGCGCGGCGGCGGCAUGUUCUAGGCGGCGCCGCGAGCGAGCCGGGCUUUCAUAAUAGCCGAUCUUGAAUUCCACGCGCAGGGAUUGAGAGAAUGCUCGUGAUGGUGUGUACAAUGAGAGUCGAUUGUUUUUUAUUACAUGUGAUGAGCGUUCCUAUGUGAGCCUCGCAAGCCAAGAAUACAUGUUACUUGUUUUUUA